GAGGAGGGGGCUGCUGGGAGCGCCCGGAGCCGGCACUGGCCGCCCGCCACCGGGAGGAGGGGCGGAAGAUCCUUCGAGCGCAGUAAAAGCCCGGCCCGGCCCGCGCCCGCCGCAGACGCAUCCAUAGAAGGCAGUCGGCGGAGCCGCGGAGCCCGGCUGCGGCGCGCGCUCGGCCCGCCGCCCCGCACCCCGCUCGCUCCUCGGCGCGGCGAAGGCUCCCCCCCGGCGGCGCCCGGCCCGCGCCGCCCCCGAGACAAAGAGGAGAGAAAGUUUCCGCGGCCCGCCGGAGAGGAGCCGCGCGCCGGGAGAGGAGGCGGCGGCGGCCGAGCCCCGAGCCCGAGGAGCGAGGAGCAGCGCCCUGCCCGGCCCGCGCCGCGCCCCCGGCCCGCCAUGGGCGCCGCGGCCCGCAGCCUGCGGCUGGCGCUCGGCCUCCUGCUGCUGGGGACGCUGCUUCGCCAGGCCGACGCCUGCAGCUGCUCCCCGGUGCACCCGCAACAGGCGUUUUGCAAUGCGGACGUAGUGAUCAGGGCCAAGGCGGUCAGCGAGAAGGAGGUGGACUCCGGGAACGACAUCUACGGCAACCCCAUCAAGAGGAUUCAGUAUGAGAUCAAGCAGAUAAAGAUGUUCAAGGGACCUGACAAGGAUAUAGAGUUCAUCUACACAGCCCCCUCCUCGGCCGUGUGCGGGGUCUCGCUGGACAUCGGAGGAAAGAAGGAAUAUCUCAUUGCAGGAAAGGCAGAGGGGAACGGCAAGAUGCACGUCACCCUGUGUGACUUCAUCGUGCCCUGGGACACCCUGAGCACCACCCAGAAGAAGAGCCUGAGCCACAGGUACCAGAUGGGCUGCGAGUGCAAGAUUACCCGUUGCCCCAUGAUCCCAUGCUACAUCUCCUCGCCUGACGAGUGCCUCUGGAUGGACUGGGUCACCGAGAAGAACAUCAAUGGGCACCAGGCCAAGUUCUUUGCCUGCAUCAAGAGGAGCGACGGCUCCUGUGCCUGGUACCGGGGGGUGGCCCCACCCAAGCAGGAGUUUCUCGACAUUGAGGACCCGUAAGCAGAUUCCCGUGGCCACCUGAGCAGCCUCCAAGAGUGUAGACUGGUCCAGCUCUGACAUCGCUUCCUGGAAACAGCAUGAAAAAAAACACAAUCAUUCAAGUGGGUCCAAAUUAGUGUGAUUCCUGCCCCACCCCCACCCCACCCCCAUUUCCCUUCUAAACAUGGUGUGCGUCUGGAGGGAGAGGUGGGCCUGGGGUUCUCACCCCACACUGCAUCCAGCAGCCUCGGCACUGCGCGUCCCCAUCUUCGGUCCUUGAGGGUGGGGGUCGGACAUACGGACACACAAGCAGGCAGCACUUAGGGUUCUCCCUGGCCGGUUAGGGCAGAGCCUGGAAGCGCACAUUUUGCAGAAACACUUGAGGGUCCUUGCGAGACUGUGUAGCAGGCCUACCAGGUCCCUUUCACCUCGAGGGGGGCAUGUCCCUCGUUUCAUGCGGCUUCCACACCUCUGUCCCGAGACGGGCAGCCCCUGCCCCUUCUCCCCCUGCCCAUCAUGGACUCCCGGCACCUGUGACUCCCACAAGUCCACGAGGGGCCUCGGAAACAGUUAGCUUGUUCUUGAACCCUAUCAACCCACAGAAUUCCAGGGGGAGCCUCACUCUGGGCCUUCUUGGGGGGUGAGUGAGAAGUGCCCCCUGAGCUAUGUUUCCCACUUCAACCAAGCCAUUUCGGUCCCAUUCUCUCGACACAGACACAGACACAGACACACACACACACACACACAAACCCUCUAGUGGGAGCCUGUGUGAUUCUGCCCUGAGGGCAGGCAUCUGGGGGGACGCUUGGCUGGCCCUUGUAGUUCAUUCCUGAGUCUCUGCGGCCUCUUUGGCUUCGUUCCUCUCCUUAGGAACCAGGUGUCUAGACUGAGAGGCACGACUUUGCCCGGUUGUAUGCAGCUGGUGGCAGGGGCUGGCCGUGCCCCCCUUUUGCACAUCCUGAGGAUUUGAACCUCUGGCUCCUGCCAUGUCCCCGACAUCCCUCAGAGCUCCAUCUGAGCAGACACCACAGGUUUAGUGUCAUAAUCUCCCCAAAAGCCUGACAAUCGCCGACCCGCAUACAGAUUUCGGCAACUGAAGUUAGCUAAGUGUGUUACAUGCUCCUGCCGAGGAAGGAGAGAAUUUUGGAGAUCAGUGGCUUCAGUGAAAAUUCUCUUUGCUUUCUGGGCCUCUAGGACACCAGGGCCUGUUUUAAGAGACAUCUUAUUUUACUACAGAUUAAUCCUCAGAUGAUGUAUGGACCCAAGGUGCAGGGAUACCAUCCUCUGCUUGUAUUUCUUCUAUUACAAAGAUUACCCAGAAAAGAAAAAUCAGGGGAACUAGGGGACCCACCUGUUCCCUAAAAAUGGUCCUCUGGUGCCAGAAAUAGGUGUUAAAAUAGGCAAAACUUUCCAACUAACGAUAAUGAAAAUCUCCCUUUCCCUCCUGCUUGUGUGGUGAGGACAUACAUGUACAUAAUGCAAACACGCACACGUGCACUCACAAUAUGAAACUGAAAUCUGACAGCCUGUGAGUGAUACUUCUGCAAAACGCUUCCAAAGCCACCAUUUCCUAAGCCUGUUCUAUUCUGCGGUGACCCCAAAGCAACCGUAAGACUCCUGACCCCCACGUGGUGUGACAUUCCCACGCCCGCCUGGGACCUGGUCAGCCCAGAGUUUGAUGACUUCCCCUACUAGGGCAGACAAGGAAUCAGUCCCUGCUCCAAGGACACUUUCAUGCUGUACAUGGAUGGGAAGUUUGUACGAUGUCACAAUGGACCAGUCCCAUGUGAUUUCAGCAUAUACAAGAAAACCAGACCCUCUAAUCAAUCCAAUAUAACACCCACCCCCCGUUUACUUACUGUAUGGUGAUAUCAUAUGUAACAUUUACUCCUGUUUCUGCGGAUUCUUUUUAAGUGUUUUGGUUUGUUUGGGACGUCAGCCGUAAUCAUUCCCGUGCUGUGUUUUUUAUUUCCUUGGUAGCUGUUAGACUUGCACUUUUUAAAAAAGGUUUCUGCAUUGUGGAAGCAUUUGACCCGGAGAGGAAAGCAGCUCAGAUGAAGGUGGAGCCCUUCAGAUCUUUUCUUCAGUUCUUUGAUUCUCGUUGCUUUUUCCUUCUCACACGUCUUUUGAUCUCUGGUUCAAAUUAUUGCAAAGUAAAGAGUCUUCGAGCAGGUUGGUUCUAAAAGCCGGCCUUGAUUUUGCACCCAGGCUCACCGGUCUUCAGACCGUGUGAGCAGAAGCAAACAAACACAAAAACCAAGAUGAAGGAAAUCCCUGGUGGCGGUCGGGAGGCGAGGCGGCUCACAUACCUUCACGGUAAAUAAUUGCAAUAUAUAUAUAGUUGAUGAAGGACCUCCAUUUGGCAUCGUUUAAUUUAUAUGUUAUAUUCUAAGCACUGCUCUUUCCUCCCUUUAUCCUUCUUCAUGCAAGCAACUCGAAUAUUUAAAAUAAAGUUUACAUUAUAGUUAUUUUCAAA